AUGAAAACUUCUACAAAAGAUCACAGAUGUAGUUGGUUGAGCACUGAGCGGAGAUUUGUAACUGAGCCAAAGAAAGCUAGCCAAGGUUCAAUCCAAGUGGAUGCAUCCAAUUCUAAGAAACAAGUGACAGUGACGGUACCAGGUCAUAAUAAAGCAAAACAAACUGUACCAGGAAGACAGUCGGUCAAGGCUGAUCUAGAUGUUACAAAGGAAUUUAAAAAAUGUAAAGAAGAGGGGGCUGAACGGUUGGAUCUCAGCAAAUCACAAAUAUCUACGCUCAAUAGUUCAGUGAAGGAACUAACACAAUUAACAGAGUUUUAUUUAUAUGGAAAUCGUCUUACGUCAUUACCAGUGGAAAUAGGAAACCUCAAAAACUUACUAACACUUGCUUUAAGUGAAAAUUCUAUUACCAGUUUACCUGAAUCCUUAAAAAAUCUUACUGUUUUACGGGUCCUUGAUCUACGUCAUAAUAAACUACAAGAGAUACCACCUGUUGUUUAUCACCUAACCUCUUUAACAACAUUAUUUCUUCGAUUCAACAGAAUUAAACUUGUAGAAGAAGAAAUAUGUAACUUAACUAAAUUAACCAAAUUUAGUUUACGUGAAAAUAAGAUAAAAGAAUUACCAACUGGGAUUGGUAAAUUAAUUAACCUUUUAACUUUUGAUGUAUCCCAUAAUCACCUGGAACAUCUUCCUGAUGAAAUUGGGAACUGUGUGAAUUUAAACUCCUUAGAUCUUCAACAUAAUGAAUUAUUAGAUAUCCCAGAAUCCAUUGGAAAUUUACGUCAAAUAACUAGGCUUGGUUUAAGGUAUAAUCGUUUAAGUAGUAUUCCAAGGUCUCUAGCUAAUUGUGUUAAUAUGGAUGAAUUCAAUGUGGAGGGUAAUAACAUAUCUCAAUUACCGGAAGGUCUAUUAUCAAGUCUAGUUAAUUUAACAAGUAUAACAUUAUCACGUAAUGCUUUCCAAUCUUAUCCAUCUGGUGGUCCUUCACAAUUCUGUUCUGUUUAUGCUAUAAACAUUGAACAUAAUCAAGUGAAUCACAUACCUUUUGGUAUCUUUAUGAGAGCUAACUGUUUAACUAAACUAAAUAUGAAAGAUAACCAAUUAACGUCACUUCCUCUUGAUUUAGGAACUUGGACAAAUAUGGUGGAGUUAAAUCUGGGUACAAAUCAACUGACAGUAAUACCAGAUGAUAUUGAGAAAUUAGAAAAAUUAGAAGUUUUAAUAUUAAGUAAUAAUAAUUUGAGGAGGUUACCAGCUAGUAUUGGUAAUUUAAAGAAUUUAAGAACACUAGAUUUAGAAGAGAACAGACUGGAGACCUUACCACCAGAAAUAGGUCAGUUACAUGAAUUACAGAAACUGGUUGUACAGUCUAAUCAAUUGACAAUGUUACCACGACAAUUAGGGUUCUUAAAAAAUUUACAGUAUUUAGGUGUUGGUGAAAAUAAUUUAACAUCUUUACCAUCUGAUGUCGUUUCUAUUGCUCCCGUAGUUACACCUUUUAAUCACAUUGCAAAACGCCAAAACUGGAGGUGUAAUUUAGAGAGCCUAGAAAAUCUGUAUAUAAAUGAUAAUCCAGAAUUACAUAGUUUACCCUAUGAAUUAGCUUAUUGUAGUAAUUUACAAAUCAUGAGCAUAGAAAAUUGUCCCUUAAGCCAGAUACCUGCUGAAAUAGUUGCUAGAGGUCCUUCAUUAGUCAUACAGUAUCUUAAAUUACAAGGGCCAUAUUGCUGA